AGCAACGUACUUUCACUGGAAAUGUGCACAGAUACACACAUUCGUAAACAGACAGCGAAAACAACGAAAUAUCAACAGUCUCUCCCCGGAAUGAAGCUCUAGCAUGGCUUUGUUUUGAGAUUUCAGUCGUUUAAAUUUGUUUUGAUCGCAGUCCUGCUUAGGUUUAUAGUGUACAUUUAAAAUUACAGAAUGACAUUCGCCUCUAGUAUAAGGAGUUCUACUAUUCUUUUAAAAGUUGUUCUUAGCAUUGUGUUGGUCAGUUUUAUUUUGGCUUGGAUUUCUUUCGUCACAGCGUCCUGGGGGGAUGGUUACAGCGGCAACAGCCUCCUGGGUUACGGCCUGUGGAGGCGGUGUAACGACAUAGAGACCAACCCAGCGUGUGAAAACAUUGAAGGCUGGAACUUGCACUGGUACAGGGCGGUGCAAGCCUUCGCCAUCUUUGGCUUUGUCAGUGUCAACUUCUGCCUGUUCUUUGUUCUCCUGUUGAUGUUUGUUGAGUCGUGCAGCAAAGGGAGAUCACUGAGUCUCUGGGUGUCUGUGCUGGGAUUUUGGUCAGCUCUCAGCUACGCCGUGGCCAUUAUUGUCUUUGCUGGUUCAUUCGACUCCUCCUUCACUGACGCCGCCUCACCAAACCAGCACCUAGAGUACGGCUGGGGCCUCGCCAUUGUGGUGGCCGUUUUGCAGAUCUUUGUUGGGGCCCUGAUGAUCUUUGAAUCCCGAAACACGGGAGCCAAGUUCAUGGAUUUAUAGUGAAGUUGUAGUUUUGUUCAAUGGUUGACUCAAGUCACAAUUAUGCGUGUGUGUGUACGUAGAUAUUCCUAAGGGAAGCCACUCUGGGCACUUUUGUUUCCAUUUAAUGCCCCCCCUCCCCCACAUUAGUGAGGCUUACGUUUGUAUCUGACAUGUAAUUAUGUCAGUUGAUAAACAUCCAAAGACAUUCUUCAUUCAAACGGGGCCGCAAGAGAACGAAAAAUAGAAGUCUGGUGUUCUUUUUUUACGCUGAAAAUUACCUCCCUUUUAGUGUUGAAAUGUCGAUGAAUUGACGCCCCUCUCUCUCCGCCCACACCCCAAUCCCACUCCUCAGUGUCUUGGCCGACUGCCACUUUUAACAUAAAUGUAAUUGUAUCAUUCAUAUACACUAUCUGUACAUGUUUUGUUUUUUCUUAAAUUAUGUCCCCUUAAAGUGUAUUCCGAUAUUGUUUGAUAGAUAACAGGAAUUAUUUCAGACGAUGAUAAUGAGACCACCACGAAAUCACAACUAAUGUUACAUGUGUUUCGAGGCGGAGUGAUACAUUGAUUUGACGCAGUUUUUUUUUACAUACAUAGAUUACAGGAAAAUUCCUAGAGAUAUGAUAUGUCACUUAUGUCAAUACUUACUUAAUGAUUGAUUAAAGUUUCUCUUGUAUAUAUUUCGAGAUGGAGCGUGAGUUUAAAAUAUUUAAUAUUGAGACUAUUUCAUUAAAGUUUAAAGCUUGA